CAUGCGUGAACGGACAACGUCGGACAAAAACACAGCUGGUGUAUGAUCUUGAUCGUUGAGCGAUGGUCGGUAGUUAUCCAUGUGAUUUCCGCGAAAUUGACUACCAUAUUCUCGCUUCAUCAAGGGUAAACAUACGUGUAAAUUUACCAAGUAAUCAUCCGUGAGUGUUUCGAUUCGUGAAAAUGCAUAAGAAUUGACGAGUACUGUGUGACUACCAGGAUUUUUUUAUUGCUUUGGAUACAAAGGAAUCUCUUUGGAGCUAUCACGAGCAUCGUUACGGCACACCGUAUAUCGUAAUGUGAAUGACGGGGUGAUACGUGUGCCCGACUGAAGAAGGAAGGAAAGUAGGAAGUAAAAGAUCGAGAAGUCUGGGCGAACGAGAAGAAAAUUCGACGAAAUGGCUUCAACCAGCGGUCAUAAGAGAAAUGGUUCGAGUUCGAGUAUGUUCACUCAUAGAAGGACUGAAUCGGGUGGAGGUUUCAUUGGCCACAAACGAUCGGAAAGUGGUCACAAAAGAACCGAAAGCAUAUCUAGUGCCUUUGGCCACAAACGCUCUGAAAGUGGUCAUAAAAGAAAUGAGAGCGGCGGUGGAUUUGGACAUAAGAGAUCGGAAUCUGGCAGUAACUAUCACGCUGGGCACAGAAGGAAUGAAAGCAUGUACGCCAUGACAGGGCUAUAUGCGGAAAGUACGGGAACAACAGGCAUUGGGGAAAAUGCAGAUCUGACACAACCAAGCAGCAGUAGAUUAACACACGACACUGUUAUCAGAUGUCACAGCAGAAACCCCAGUUCUGGUAUUGUGGAUCAUAGAGAUUUUAUCAUCAAAUGUCACAGCAGGAAUCCCAGUGCUUCCAUAGUGGACAGGGCAGAGAAAGAGAGAGCACAAACGCCACCAAUUAAUCCAGACUCAAAGGACUGCGGAAUUUUAACUUGCAGGCCAGUCUUCAUUCAAAGAUUCGCUGGAAUUAAGGUGUUCGUGUUCCUCUUAUCAUUCCUCGUUACGCUGCAGCAGGCACUCAGUUCAGGUUAUAUUAAUUCUGUGAUUACAACGAUCGAGAAGAGAUUCGAGAUCCCGUCCAGCCUUUCGGGCGUUAUCGCAAGCUCCUAUGAGAUAGGCAAUGUUAUUACCGUUAUUUUCGUCAGUUAUCUUGGCAGCCGAAGACAUAUUCCUGUGUGGAUAGCCAUAGGUGCAGUAAUAAUGGGCGUGGGAUCGAUGAUUUUCAUGGUGCCCCAUUUCACUGCGGAACCCAACCUCACGACAGCGUCAAACAAUUCUAGCUCCGAUAAUAUUUGUCGAGGCGUUUCACUUCGUGAACAAGACAUGGGACUUGGACGCCUGUCAUCAGGGCUAUCUUCACCGCCUUUGGCGCCGCACAAUAAUCUUAGGGGCGAUAACUGUAUACAAGGAUCCCCUUCAACCGCCGGUCCUGUGAUGCUAUUUGUACUUGCUCAGCUUUUGCUGGGAUGUGGUGGCUCACCUCUAUUUACUCUCGGCACAACUUACAUCGAUGAUCAUGUCAGACCAGAAAGUGCUUCCUUAUAUAUCGGAUGUAUGUACAGUAUGGCCGCAUUCGGACCAGUCUUAGGUUUUCUCCUGGGAGCUUACCUUCUGUCAUUUCACAUGGACUCAUUCUCCAGCACGAUUAUCAGUAUCGGUCCAGGUGAUCAUAGAUGGGUUGGAAUGUGGUGGGGUGGUUUCCUUCUCUGUGGUCUUCUUCUGGUUCUCGUAGCAAUUCCUUUCUUCAGCUUCCCUAAAACAUUGCAACGUGAAAAAGAAAAGAUCAGAAUUAUAGAGAAAAGUAAACCAGCCACGAACAAAGAAAAGGAGCAUAACAAAGAACCGAUAAAAGAAACAGUUGUUGAUGACAGUGGUUACGGUAAAGAUGUAAAAGAUAUACCACGCAGUAUGUGGCGGUUGGUAUGCAAUCCCGUAUAUGUGAUAACGUGCCUGGGUGCUUGUAUGGAGUUGGUAAUUGUCUCUGGCUUCGUCGUUUUCCUGCCAAAGUAUUUAGAGACACAGUUCAGCCUAGGAAAGAGCCAAGCAAGCAUAUUCACCGGCUCAAUUGCCAUUCCUGGUGCUUGUAUCGGUAUAUUCUUUGGCGGUUGUCUGCUCAAACGUCUGGAGUUAAGGCCUAAAGGUGCUGUUCAAUUUGUGCUGGUUUCAAAUAUCAUCUGUCUGGUGUGUUACGGACUCCUGUUCUUCUUGGGAUGUGACAACGUCAAAAUGGCUGGCACUACUAUUCCUUAUUAUAAUAGCAGUACCAAGGGGCCUGAACCGUUUCAAGUGAAUCUCACUGCCGCUUGCAAUUUUGGCUGUGAGUGUCGAAUGACUGACGUCGAGCCUGUGUGCGGAAACAAUGGACUUACAUAUUUCAGUCCUUGUCAUGCUGGCUGCACCGCGUUUAGUUCCGAAUCAAACUUCACCAAUUGUGCUUGUAUACAUGGCAACCUAACAAUGAUACCACCAGUUGCUCCCGAGUUUGCUGAGGUUACAGUUGUUCCUGUUGCUACGGCAGGUCCAUGCACUUCUCCAUGCCGAACGAUAUUUCCGUUCCUUAUUCUUCUCUUUUUUAUGACCUUUAUUGUUGCUGUAACUCAGAUGCCAUUACUCAUGAUAGUACUACGGUCCGUUUCCGAGGAAGAAAGAUCUUUCGCCCUUGGUAUGCAAUUUGUGAUCUUCAGAUUAUUUGGUUAUAUACCAGCGCCAAUACUUUUCGGUAACUUGAUUGAUUCAACGUGCCUACUUUGGAAAAGUACCUGCGGCGAGAAAGGUGGUCGCUGUUUAUUGUACGAUAUUGAACAAUUCAGAUAUAGAUACGUGGGACUGUGCGCAGGUAUUAAAAUUCUUGCUUUGGCCUUAUUCUUGGUCGAUUGGUGGCUCGUAAGGAGGAGAAGGCAAAUGGAAGAUCAAGGACCAACCUUAACUGUUAAUGAAGUUAUAGGAUCCAUUAUCAGUCUUGACAAGUUAUUUGAAGAAAAGCCAAAUCAUCACAAUCUUGGCGAAGGUGAUACGACUUCUCCAAGCAGUGAAGCUCCGACACCUUCCUCUAUUUCGUCGCCAACAGAUCCGACGAAAUCCACAAAUCUUGAAGAAACUGAAUCCUCUAAUAAUACACAAGAUUCGUUAGAAGCCAAUACUCAAUCAAAGGAAUCCAUGGAAGCCUCGGAUACAAGACCACCAGCUUUAACCUCCGAAGAACCAAAAGUCGAGGUUAAGUCCAAUGGCAAAACGGAAUCUUGUGAUCCACGCGUCUAAUGAUCGCUUCACAUUAGGAUUGAUUAUCAUAUAGACAUAAUUGAAUUCAAAACACAUUAAUAUGUGACAAAUUAUUUUUAAAAGGAAUAUAGGAUUGACUUUGAAGGAUAGACGGAAUCUUAUCGGUCAACAUUUAUAGACCAGUCUUACGUUGGAGACAAUCUUAAGUUUAGUACAGAGAAAAAUGGAAUAUAAAAGCUUGACGAUCGAUAUUGAUUACUAAUGGGAGUAUUCAGAGUUAAAAACUCAAGUGGUGUUCCUGUCAGUAUCUGUUAGAUACAUGAUAAACGUGAGGUUUCGUGUAAUGACAAAUUGCACACCAUUUUUUUGCGAGAAUCCGAUUGUAAAUGAUUGGCAAGUGAAUCAAUGAAACAUGCCACAAUGAAAAUUAC